AUGGCUGCCUCCCCGCAUACUCUCUCCUCACGCCUCCUGACAGGUUGGGUAGGAGGAUGUGUCUGGUACCUAGAAAGAAGAGCUAUGCAGGAAUCCCCUCACAAGUUUAUGCAUCUUUUCAGGAACAUCAACAAGCAGUGGAUUACAUUUCAGCACUUUAACUUCCUCAAGCGCAUGUAUGUCACACAACUGAACAGAAGCCUCAACCAGCAAGUAAAACCGAAGCCAGAACCAGUGACAUCUCCUUUCCUUGAGAAAAUAUCUUCAGGUCAAGCCAAAGCAGAAGUACAUGAGUUGAGACCUAUUUCACCCCCCAGCCUGCCUUUGUCCAGAAAGGCAAAUGAAAAAGAAUUGAUAGAACUAGAAUCUGCCUCAGUAAUUGAAGCCUCAAUAGAUGUGGGAAACGCAACAAAAGAGGAAAAACAGUGGAAAGAGAUGAAGCUGCAUGUGGACGAUCUACCAGGAAUUCUGGCUCGACUGUCCAAAAUCAAACUCACAGCUCUUGUCGUCAGCACCACCUCAGCUGGGUUUGCGCUAGCUCCGGGACCUUUCGACUGGCCCUGUUUCCUGCUUACUUUGCUCGGGACAGGCCUUGCGUCCUGUGCUGCCAACUCCAUCAAUCAGUUUUUUGAAGUGCCGUUUGAUUCAAACAUGAAUAGAACAAAGAACAGACCUCUGGUUCGUGGACAGAUCAGCCCGUUGCUAGCUGUGUCCUUUGCCACCUGCUGUGCUCUUCCAGGAGUUGCCCUUCUGACCUGGGGGGUGAAUCCACUCACAGGAGCCCUGGGGGUCUUCAACAUUUUCCUGUAUACCUGCUGUUAUACCCCGUUGAAGAGGAUCAGCAUUGCCAACACGUGGGUCGGAGCAGUUGUUGGGGCCAUCCCGCCUGUCAUGGGCUGGACAGCAGCUACCGGCUGCCUCGAUGCUGGAGCAUUUCUUUUGGGAGGAAUCCUCUACUCCUGGCAGUUUCCUCAUUUCAACGCCCUGAGCUGGGGCCUCCGCGAAGACUACUCCCGAGGAGGCUACUGCAUGAUGUCAGUCACUCACCCGGCACUGUGCAGGCGCGUUGCCCUGCGCCACUGUCUGGCCUUGAUCGGACUGUCCACGGCAGCCCCCAUCCUGGAUGUCACCACAUGGACCUUCCCCGUCAUCUCCCUCCCCAUCAACUUGUAUAUUUCCUACCUCGGCUUCCGGUUCUACAGGGAUGCGGACCGGAAGAGUUCCAGGAAACUGUUCUUCUGCAGCCUCUGGCAUCUGCCCUUGUUCCUGCUUCUCAUGCUCACCUGUAAGCAGCCACCAGGUGGGGGAAGUGACAAGGGAGAACCUCAAAGCUGA